AUGCACAGGGUCGCAUUCAAUGCGCAGGCUGACUUGAAGAAUGUUGUCGCCUCCGAAAAUAAUUCAAAGUCCAUGUUAACGGAGUAUUUCAAGGCUAACCAGGAAUACCCUCGGGCUAGGCAUAUAUUGUACAAGGAUUUUCCCGAAAGCUUCACGUGGCAGAAGAAAAAGAAGUUUUGGAAGCCGCGGGUCGAGCGUUUUCAAAUAGGUCGCAUCGUGUCUGCCAAUCCUGCCGAGGGUGACCGAUACUACCUGCGUGUGUUGCUAAACCAUGUUACGGGCAAAACAUCCUUCGACGACUUGCUCACCGUGGACGGCGUUCUAUGUGGGAGCUUUAGAGAAGCUGCUGAAAGGUUGGGACUCAUCGAGGCAGACAACACGCUCGACAACUGUCUUACUGAGGCUGAGCAGUGGGCGAUGCCAUGUUCUCUUAGGAGGCUCUUCGCAACCAUCUUG